AUGGUUACGAACAAAAUUAACCCCGAUCCCCCAGAUCCCGAUGAUUCGACCGUCUACGCGGGCACAACGCCCCCCGAAACGAUCGCUGAUAACCUCGACGCAUUUAGCAAUGUCGCCUUGAGCACCCCGUCAGUGCCUUGGCCCGGAUCCACCUUCGUCAUCCGCUCCGUCUCGUGCGGACGCGUGCUCACGCUACUUGAUGGGAAGAUUGUGCUGGCCCAUCGGGACAACCGCGGCUCUAUACACUGGGUGUGCAUGGAAACCGAAGGCUGGCUCGGCUUCAGGAAUCCAGUCUCAGGCAAAUACCUAGGUUACUCUAACAACGGAACACUAUGCUGCUCGGUUGAGUGGCAGAGAGAACAUGAGCACUUUACCGUCCGUCCGAUGCAGGAGGAGGGCUAUGUCUUGCUCAUGACGCGUCGGGGGAGCCUCCGGGCUGUGGGAAUCAAGGAGGCGAAUGGAAUGGAGUGCUUGGCGACAAUCAACGAAGGAGUAUCCGGUGGCCUUGUUUGGGAAUUUAUUAAGGUUUAA